UAAACCUCUAUAAAAAAAAAUGAAGUACUAAUUUGGAUCUGACUCUUCUCUCUUCUCCCACUCACACUGAUCACAAUCCUGCACCCCUUUCGCCAUUGAAGUCCAGCUCAAGAUCGAGGAGAGAGAAAAUCCAUCAAUGGAGUCAUCAUCAUCAUCAAACUCAAACGAAAAUGGCGAACAAGUCGCAGGUCUCAUCCCUCUCGCUUCAAUCUCUCAACAACCUUACGUCUCCGAGCUUCUCUCUUUCACCCUUGAUCGCCUCCACAAGGAACCGGAGCUUCUUCGAGUCGAUGCGGAUAGGAUACGGCGGCAGAUGCAGGAAGUUGCGGUGUCGAAUUACCGCUCUUUUAUAUCUGCAGCGGAUGCUUUAGUUUCCAUUCGAGAAGAGGUUUCUUCCAUUGAUAAUCAUCUUGAAUCUCUGAUAGAUGAAGUCCCUAAGCUGACAUCUGGUUGCACUGAGUUCAUUGAGUCAGCUGAACAGAUUCUGGAGAAGAGGAAAAUGAACCAAACAUUGCUGGCAAAUCACAGUACUUUGUUGGACUUACUCGAAAUUCCUCAGCUUAUGGACACAUGUGUGAGGAACGGGAAUUAUGAUGAAGCUCUUGACUUGGAAGCUUUUGUUAGUAAGCUAUGCACCAUGCACCCAAAGAUCCCUGUCAUCCAGGCUUUGGCUGCUGAGGUUAAGGAAACAACUCAAUCUAUGCUUUCACAGCUUCUCCAGAAGCUUAGAUCAAAUAUUCAGUUGCCAGAGUGUCUUCGAAUCAUUGGAUAUUUACGCCGAAUAGGUGUCUUUAGCGAAUAUGAAAUGCGCUUGCAGUUCUUGAGAUGUAGAGAGGCAUGGAUCACUGGAACCCUUGAUGAUUUAGACCAAAGAAAUCCGUAUGAAUACUUGAGGGGAAUGGUCAACUGUCACAGGAUGCAUUUAUUUGAUGUUGUCAACCAAUACCGAGCCAUAUUUGCUGAUGACACGUCUGGAAGUGAAGAAAACUAUGAUGGUGGGCUUCUCUUUAGCUGGGCUAUGCAUCAAAUUACAUCUCACCUUAGAAUGCUUAAGGUUAUGCUUCCCAAAAUAACUGAAGGAGGGUCUUUGUCAAACAUCCUUGAUCAGUGCAUGCACUGGGCAAUGGGGCUUGGUUGGGUUGGCCUGGAUUAUCGAGGUCUGCUUCCAUCACUAUUUGAAGAGGCAGUUCUCAACUUAUUUGCAAAGAAUGUUGCUACUGCUGUUGAGAAUUUUCAGCUUGUCCUGGAUUCACACCGCUGGGUGCAAGCAGUUGGGUAUUCAGGCAGUACUGCCGGUGAAGAAAGUCAAGAGGAUGUGACUCCGCCUUCUUAUUUGAUGGAGCAUCCACCCCUUGCUGUAUUUAUAAAUGGUGUGUCAGCAGCAAUGAAUGAGCUACGUCCCUGUGCUCCUAUAAGCUUGAAACAUAUUCUUGCUCAGGAAUUGGCGAACGGACUCAAAGCUGUUCAUAACUCGUUGUUGAGAUAUAAUGAAACACGGAUGCUUAGAAAUAAUGAAUCCACACUUUUCUUCUCACUUUGCCGUGCAUUCAUGGAGGUUGCUUUCCCCCAUUGUGCAACUUGUUUUGGUCGUUGUUAUCCCAGUGGCAGUGUACUUAUUAUGGAUGCCAAGGGUUCAUUCGAUGGGUUAACCCGUUUGUUAUCCGUGUCAUCAUCAAGAGAGAUCCCUAGGCGAGCACAAAGUACAGAUACACAAAACAUAUUGGAAAAUGGGAGUUCGUCUAUGGUAGAAAACGGGGUUAUCCCUGAAAAUGAACAAAAAGAGGAUAAUGCUAAUGUAGAUGAAAACGAGCAGAAGAGUGAAGAUUUGAAGGCUGAUGAUGGGAAAGACGGAGUAGUAGAUGGAGUGAUACAUGAAGUGAAGUAGCGUGAUUGGUUCGGAUAUUGCUGAUAAGUUGAGAGAUGGCUCGUGUCAUCAGAAAUCUGUGUUUCUAUUCAGAUUUGAAUCUGUCCUCAUGGUAAGAAGAAAAAUACUUCGUAUUUAGCAACCAAUUUAAUUAUAAUGAAAUGGGAAAAUAAAUAGAUUAUUAUUGUACGUUCGAGUUUGAGCUCUAUAGAGAUGACGGGAAAAGGGAAUAGUAUUACAAUUCUCAGGUCUAUUGACGUUAGGGGUGCAAACGAGCCAAGUUGAGCCGAGUACUACCCUGUUCAUGUUCAUUUAAUUCAGGCGAGUUUGAGCUUGAGCUUUCAACCGAGCUCAAAAUUUUGUUCAAGCUCGGUUUGUUUGUAAAGUAGAUUUUUUUUUGUUCUCUUUCUUUUUUUUUCUUUUUUUUUUUUUUUUUUAUAUAUCUAUUGUAAAUUAGGUUUUUGGCAAUUAGGUAUACAACACAUAAUUAAAUUUUUGUAUGUUUUCAGGUGGAUUUUGGAAGAUGUAUUGUACAUUUUUUUUUUGGGCGAGGCUGAACUAAACAAAAUACUUGGUCUGUACAUUUGAGCCUUGAUAUGGUAUGAUUGUGUGACAAUUUUUGUUCGCAGCAGUGUAUUGACAGACAUGGUGUUAUAUAUAUAUAUCUGAUGAGUGUUAAAACGUA